GCAGCCAGGUGUCUGAGUGGCGCAGGAUCCUUUCUGUUCUGGCUUGAACAGUUUUACUCAUGGAUUUAACAAAGGAAUCCAUCAUUUCUUUUCUGGUGGCUCAGGGGGGGAAAGUGGAGAAGUCUGAUCUGGAGGCACACUUUAAAUCCUCAGUGAACUGCGUCGAUCCGGCGCAGCAGGACCGGAACAGAGAAACAUUCAAGACUUUGGUGAACAGUGUCGCCUACGUCAAAGCGAUCGACGGGACCCGGUUCGUUAUUCUCAGAAAAAAGUGCCUGCAUUUUCUCGGUGGGAGCCAAACGACUGAAAAUGGUAAUGAUGAUAGAAACACGGAUGAGUCAGGCGAGCAGGCUCCAGAUGUGCAAGAUGAAAAGACUGAGCAGUCAGAAGGUUUGGCUGCUUCUGGGGGAAAUCCUCCAUCUUUAUCUCCCAUCGAGCUGGCUCUGCAGAGGAGCAAAUGUGAGGACGUCAAGGUCAGAAGGAAGCUGAAUGUUGAUGUCAACAGGAAGGAGAACGAUGAAGUCAAGGCCCAGAGCAAACCUUAUGGACUUCCUCUGAGAAUACCUGUUUCUAGCAGGGUGGAGAUCCAAAAACUGAGGGUGAACCCAGAAGACCCUCCCUACAGUCAAAAAGCAGACACCUCCAAGACUAAGAGGAAGCCGUCCUCAGUGGACAGUUGUUCUCCCCAGCUGAGGAGGGCAGCGAGGGGCUGCAAGGUGACAGAGGAACCCAAAGACUCCAGGAUUUCCUCCAUGUUCCCCCUGGAGCAGCUGGAACAUGAGUGGCUGGUGAAGUGUGCUGCGGGCCAGUGGACCCACGUUCACGGCCUGCUGCUCAGCGACUGCCAUCUUGCCCAGAAGAAGGACUUCACCUCGGGGUUCACCGUGCUGCACUGGGUCGCCAAGUGUGGGAACAGUAAAAUGCUCUCUGUGGUCAUGGACAUGGUCCGGGAAAGAAAGGUCAACAUCGACAUCAACGCAAAAUCCCACGGGGGUUACACUCCUCUACACAUAGCUGCUCUGCACGACCAGGAGUACAUCAUGGCCAUGCUGGUGGGCGAGUUCGGGGCCAACGUCAGGAUCAGGGACAACUGUGGCAACAGGCCCUGCCACUACCUGCACAAGGGCAUUUCUAAAACUGUCAAGGAGAUGUUGACAGAGCCCAAAGCGCCGACCCAAUCUCAGGCGACAGACCCUCUGUCCCAGAGGGAGGAGCAGGACGUGCUGCCAGACCUCUCCAGGGGUCUGCACUCCUUUAGCCGUCUCUUCCAGCCGACGGUGAUCAGCAACAAAAAGAAACCCGCUCAGAGGUCCGGACUUUACUCUCUGAGUGAGGACAGCGAGGAGCAAGAAGCCUCUGGCUUCAGACACAGAGUGAUGUCUAACGCUUCUGUCUGCUGAUGAAUGAUGGAAACAUCACUUUAUUUAAAUUUUCAGUAGCCUGCUGCUGCUAAAACAACCAAACAUAUUGACAAUUACAGCUGUAAUAAAGACGACUGAAUAAGAAACCUUUAAGGCGGUGUUUACAGACUCUUUACAUUAUUUUUAUGGAUAUAUUAAUUUGUUUUCAAUCAUUUCAGUUCCAGAAAGAAUUGCUGGCGACUGGAAUCUAUUUUCAUGAGAAACAUUUCUGAAUCAAGACUUGACAUGUUUUGCCUCUUUAGUCAGAGAUGAACAAAAAGGAGCGACUGCAAAAGGAGAGAAUCAAAAUGUGUGACUCCAACUCUUUAUCAGCAAGAAAAUUCAUUCAUAAAUCAAAAUGUCAGUGAAAUGCAUGAAAAUAUUCACUCCUUCUGUAACAAAAUACGUAAUUAUAAUGUUUUUAUAUAUUCUAAGUCACUGAGUUGAAAUGUUUUGAUGUAAGUAAAGUAAAUCAAA